AUGUUUUUCAAUGUGAAGCGGCGGUGUGAUCGACAUCCAAUACGACCUUCAAGCCUGUAUCCCACGGAGGAGUUGCCAUCGGAUUCCUACAUGCCCGUGGCAGACAAGAAGUUCUCGCACGUCCUCAAGAAUCCCGACGACUACCGCUACGCCGACGCUUGCCCUAGAAUCAGACAGAUGUCGCUCAUCUCCCGAACUCGAUCCUGUCCAAGUUGCACUGAGAAAGCAGCCAAUGAAACCAGUAAUAAUAAGAACCGGUUCUUCAGCGGCAAUAAUGCAGCUUCGUAGCUUUAUUCUCCAGUGUGUCUCUUAUGCUUUGCUGUGUUGCGAAAUGUAAAUACUGUACCAUGCAUAUGAAUACA